AUGUUGACGUUAACUGUGCCCGAGGCUGCAGCUUCCACCGACGAGAUCCAGUUUAAGCUGGUGCUUGAUGGUCAGCCUCCAGAGACCUUGACCGAGUAUCUUGAACGUCACGAGUAUCUUCAACCUACGGUGUUUCGAUCCUUUCAACAAAUAAGUUGGCUGCACGAAAAGCUCACGCGUGCCUUCCCGGAACUAGUGGUUCCUCCUCUGCCUGAACCACCAGUGUCAAUACGCAUGGAUGAUCAAGACUAUGUCGAACGCAAGCGGUUGCAAGUAGCUCGAUUCUUUGAAAAGGUGGCUACCCGUCCCGAGUUUACGCAGCACCGGAAUUUCAUGCAUUUCAUGUCAAGCGAGAUGACACCUACCGAAGUGGGUCCUUCUGGCCGUGGGGUCUUGUCCUUUUUACGCUUCAAUCGUGUCAGAAACUCGGAUCGUGGAUUCAAAUCUUACAAAGCGACUGAACAUGUGGAAGGCAACGAUCAAGACACCUUUCAUCGUCAUCAGAUUUAUAUUCUCAUGCUUGAAACUUAUUUUGGUGCAAUCAAUGAAUCACUCAAUCAGCUGAUCCACACCCGUGAAGCUUUGGCUGACAUGUUGGCUCAUAUGGGCGACCUUGUUAUUGAAACGACACAAAGCAAAUAUCGGCUUGGCAACGGGGACUCUGAAAAGCAUCGCAAAGCACAACGUGCCCUUGAUCACAAAAUGCAAGUGUUUGGAUUGCUCAUGGAUGAGCUUGGUUUCAUUUAUACACGCCAGGGCAUUGAAGAGACAAUGAAAUUUGGUGAUGUCAUGAUUGAAUACAAAAACUCUAUGGAUGGUCUCAAGACUUCAUUCAACACACGGACACAAAAGCUGAUGGAGUAUGUGGACAGCAUGAAAUUACGCAACAAGAAACGCGACAAGGCUGAUCGACUCAAAUUACGGAUGGGUUUGAAUGCACCAGAGGUGCAAGCUACAAUUGCUGAAGAGGAAGAGGCUACACAAGAGCUGCAGGCCAGCCGUCAAGAAUUUGAUGCAUGUCAAGCCAAGGUCAAGCAAGAGAUUCAAUUAUUCGAGACACAAAAGCAACAUGAUAUCAAGCGAGCCAUCCACGAUUAUGUACAAUUGAGCCUACGCUAUGAAAGGACCAACAUGAACAGCCUCGAGAAAGCAUUGGAGGAAUUACGACAAUUUCAUCCCAAACCAGCUGUGCAUCCAUUAUUAUCAGAUGAAGAAGCGAGUUCUGCUACAUCAUCAUCCACAUACCAUCGACGUCGGAGGCGAAGGAGAGGGAGUAAGCAUGGACCACAAGCGAUCUUAUCCUCAGCAUCCUUACCCACGUCAACACGUAAACAACAAUCUUCGGAUGAUCAUGAGGAUGAACAAGAGGAGACCAAGAUGACUACGGAGCCAACAUCUACUACUUCAUCAAGGGUAUCACCGUUUAUUCGAUAUGAAGGACAGCCAAGGAAACACAUGUCAUCGUCCUAUGAUGAACGGAUGGGUGCAGGAGCCUGGAGCAACAAUGAAUAA